UUUACUCCAGUCACAAAGAAAAGCUAUUCGAAUCCCCAGCCAAAAUAUCGAGAGCUCGUCAGUGUCCAUUCAAAACAUGUCGUCGUGGACACAAGUGACACACCAGACAUCAUGAUCCAGAUAACAGACACUCAGAAGAUUGGGGUGGGGUUUGCCGCGUUUGGGGUCACCUUUAUCUUCCUCGGAGUAAUCCUCUUCUUUGAUAAAGGACUCUUAGCCAUUGGCAAUAUCUUGUUCUUGGCGGGCCUCGCAUUUGUGGUUGGCUUGGAACGCACAUUCCGCUUUUUCUUCCAACGCCACAAGUGGAAAGGCUCUGGGGCAUUCUUCGGAGGGAUCCUGACUGUCUUGCUUGGCUGGCCCUUAAUUGGCAUGUGUGUGGAAGUGUAUGGUUUUGUAAUACUGUUCAGCGGAUUCUUCCCAGUUGCAGUAAAUUUCUUGCGCCGUAUGCCAGUGAUUGGUCAGUUACUCAACCUUCCAUUCAUCAGUGGUCUGUUGCCCCCAGAUUCGUCAUCUUGAGUAAGCCAAGUUUGUUGAUCGAAUAGGGGGAGACUCCAAGAUGAAUGUAUGACAAGGAGAAAAUGAAGACUUGUAAGAAUCUUGAUGUUACAAAUCCAGUGGCUGCUGUGUUAGAAGAGGAAAGACAGCCAAAAGAGUGCCAAGACCCAAACAUGAGAGGAGUUUGAGAGAAACUGUGUGUGAAUUAAGGGACUGUAUAAGGAAUAUGUUUAACAUGAAAAAAACAGCAACUCUUAAAGGACAUAAAACUGAAUGAAAAGGGUGUUUAUAAAAUGAGGAUAAUAUAAAACAGAACUUUGCUCUAAUGGGUGCACUUAGUAGUUAACGUUCAUUUCCUAGCCAGCUGAUAUACACAGCUCACCAUGAAUUUCAAAUAAACAUGUAUAUUGGCUUGUUUUCAGAACUGUUAGAUGAUGAAAUAUCUGGAUUAAUCAUUUAUUAUGUUUUGUAUAAUAUGAAGAGUGUAAAUUGCUUUUGCCAAAAUCCCGGUUUUCUUUCAGAUUUCCACUUUUGUAUAGAUGUUUUCUAAUUGAACUUCAGAAGCCUUUUGUCUCUAUUGUAGCUGGUAAGAAUUAGUUGAUCUUUUCUGUUGAUAUUUAUAAAGUAUGAAAUAUGAAGUAAGAAUUAC